CAUUAAUUAAUGACUGACUUUAAACCCUAGACUCGCACUAUAAAUAAGGUGCAUACUGAUACGUAUAAUAUAAAAAAAAUCCAUAUCUUAACUUUUCUUAUUCAUGAAAAUGUCUGAAUCAAGGAUCUUAUACUUAUCACCAAUGUUGCUGAUUCUUCUCAGCCUUCUAAUGGCUUCCUUCUUGGACACCACGGCUGCACAAAUCGGAGUAUGCUACGGGAGGUUAGGCAAUCCCCGGCCAAAUCCAUCAGACGUUGUGGCUCUUUACAAGCAGCGCAACAUCAAGAGGAUGCGGCUUUACGCUCCAGACGCAGAGGCUCUCAACGCUCUCCGCAACUCCGACAUCGAGCUCAUCCUCGACGUUCCCAAAACAGACCUCGAACGUGUCGCCUCCAGCCAAGCGGAGGCCGACGCGUGGGUCCAAAACAAUGUCAAGAACUACGACGGUGUCAGGUUCCGUUACAUCACGGUCGGAAACGAGGUGAAACCCUCGGAGCCAGCCGGUAGUAUUCUCUUCCAGGCCAUGCAAAACAUCGAUAGCGCGGUUUCUGGAGCAGGCCUCGGGAUCAAGGUGUCGACGGCUAUAGACAUGGGAGCCACCACGGACACGUACCCUCCCUCGCACGGAAGAUUCACGGAUGAGUACAAGAACUUUCUCCAACCGGUGAUAGAUUUCUUGGUAAGCAAGCAAUCUCCUCUGCUUUUGAAUAACUACCCUUACUUCAGCUACAAGGACAACAUGGACUCCAUCCCCCUUGAGUACGCUUUGUUCAAACCGACCCCUGUAGUCAAUGACGACUCAUACUCUUACACAAACCUCUUCGACGCCAAUCUUGACGCGGUCUACGCAGCACUGGAGAAAUCAGGCGGAGGGUCGUUGGAAAUCGUGGUGUCGGAGAGUGGUUGGCCCACGGAGGGAGGACCAGGGACUAGUGUGGAUAAUGCGAUGACUUAUGUUAAUAAUUUGAUACAACAUGUGAAGAGUGGAACUCCGAGAAAGCCAGGGAAAGCUAUAGAGACUUAUAUAUUCGCUAUGUUUGAUGAGAAUCAGAAGGGUCCUCCCGAGCUUGAGAAGUUUUGGGGGAUGUUUCUUCCUAGUCAACAGCCUAAGUAUGAUGUUAAGUUCAACUAAUAUCCUUGAAGAUACUGAGCAAGGGCUAGUGAUACAAUAAAAUGCUUUAAAUCUAUUAUUUGAUGGCCUUUUCUGUACUGGUAUUAAAACGGGGAACGUGUUGUAAUGAUAAGGAAUAAUGAGCCUUAAAUUAUGUUUUACUCCAUCUGUUUCUAUAAUAUAAGGAGAGUGGUUUAAUUUCUACAAUGUAUAUACAUAUAUUAUUUUAGUUCAUAGUAACACAAACGUUUGGACGUAACACAAGCCUAACCAAAGCCACCAUGCAUGCGUGUGUUUUUCGUCGUCCAGAACUGAAAUCGACCCCAAAAAAACUUCCUUUGGCUAUUAGGUAAAUAACAGAACUUUGAAUGAUGAUUAGAGGAAUUAUUAGUAACGAAAGUCAGCUUACCAUUAAUUUAUGAUGGUUAGUUUGUCUAAUGACGUAAGACCACCAUUAACGGUGGUUCUUAAUAAAGGUUUUUGGCAUAAUUUGUAAUUAGAGAAAAAGAAAAAUCAAAAUUAACUGAAGCUUCGGCUCUUAAUUAGAGAGUUGGAGAAGCGCGUCUUAGCAGACACGUGUUAGAACAAUAGAGAGUUUGGUCUCUCCUUUCUCUCUCUGGAGUCCGACGAAAGAAAGGGUCCCUUGAUUUCUCGACGAUUGAUCUCUCCAUCGCUCCGUCGAUUGAUCCUCCACGAUUCAUCACUUCACCUCGGUUCAUCUCCUUGACGAUCCAACACUCCGGCUGUCUCUCUUCGCGUCUCUCUCCGUUGAUUUGAUUGACGAAGAAUCACUCGGUGUCUCUCUCUCUCUCUGUGGCUCUCAUGGAGGAGGUAAAACGGCGUGAUCUCAGUCGGCGUCUUUCCUCGAGGGGAUAAAACGGCGUGAUCUCAGUCGGCGUCUCUCCUCGACGACGAAUCACUUCGUCUCUUUCUCUCGCUCGGCGGCUCUGAUCGAUGAAGAAUCAUCUAAAGCUAAGUUAUUUUUUUUUCAAGUUUGAAUCGUUCAAUUCAUGGAUGGCUUAGAUUGUUUGUUGUGUUGCAUGUUCUGUUGUGGUGGUCCCUGUCUCUAAGAAGUGUUGAAUCGUUCUUGUUCGGGUCAAAAGUUUUCUCAACCUUUUGUUGCGUUUCUCUCUAUCCUUGUUUGUGAUCGUUUUAUGUUAAGGCUAGAGAUGAAAAAUGUCAUGAUUGUUUAAGGCUGUGUACGUUUAAGGCAAGAGUUCUCUGUGACCUUGUGGUUGUAUAUACUGGUGUUAAUGGUGUUGUUCUCUUGAGUUAAUGGUGUUGUUCUCUUGUGGUUGUAUAUACUGUCGUAUGUUGCCUUGCUCUGUGAUGCCUUGUGUUUGUAUAUGAUGUUUAAGACAAAUGUGAUGCCUUGUGAUUGUAUAUAAUGUCGUGUGUUGCCUUGCUCUGUACUUACGUUCUCUCACUGUUUCUAUAGCCAAUGAUCUGAUGCCUUGUCGUGUGUAUCUUUGUCGCCUGUUGCUCAUUAACUGUGUAUGUGUUUGUGUAGUAGGAUGGAUGGAUCAAGGGAGCUGAUCAAGAUACAGGAACAAGAUUCUUCAAUGAAGAGGACUACAAUUGCCUUUGAGGUGUUGUCACUUCCUUGCAACUCACGGGCUUGUCACUUUCUCUCAUGAUCCCUACACAACUUGUAUGCAUCAGUCACGGGAGUGGGAGUGGAAACCUUGUCGUAUGCAACAGUCCUUGCAUACUCUUGUCGUAUAAUUUAAUUACGGGAGUGGGAGUGGAAAACUUUGUGUUGUCUUGUAUUGUCUUGUAUUGAAACUCACGGGUUUAUUUUAGUCUUGUCUUGUAUUGAAAUAUUGUAAUGUUAUUUUUUCAUAACUUUGUGUUCUCAAAUUCUAUAUAAAGAACGGACAACAUCUAUUAUCACC